AUGCCGAGUCGAGGGCGAUGGGGUGUCAUUCUCGACGCCGGAUCGUCAGGCACACGACUUCACAUCUACCGAUGGAAAGACCCAGAGAAGGCGCUUAAGAAUGCAUCCAAAAAAGAACAUGGGAGUCUGCCGCGGUUGGUGACGGAAAAGAAAUGGACUAAGAAGAUUCGCCCCGGCGUCUCUGAGUUUGGCGACAAGCCCUCUCGGGUCGGCCCUGAACACCUGCAGUCCUUGAUCGACCAUGCCCUAAAGAUCAUACCCGAAGACAAGAUUAAGGACACGCCCAUCUUCCUAAUGGCUACGGCCGGGAUGCGCCUACUUCCUGAUUCCACACAGGCCUCCCUGACGAACCAAAUCUGUCGCUAUUUCCAGGAAAAUACCGACUUUUCCCUCCUAGACUGCGGCCUGCACAUCCAGGUAAUACCAGGCGAAACCGAGGGGCUGUAUGGUUGGAUUGCCUCGAAUUACCUCUUGGGAGGCUUCGACAAGCCCGACAGUCACCAGCACGGGAAGGGCCACCAUACGUACGGGUUUCUCGACAUGGGUGGCGCAUCAGCACAGAUUGCAUUUGCUCCCAACUCGACCGAGGCCGAGAAACAUUCAAACGACCUGAAGCUGCUGCGAAUGCGCACCAUCGACGGCUCGGCGUCUGAAUAUAAGGUCUUCACUGCCACAUGGCUUGGAUUUGGCGUUAACCAAGCACGGGAAUCAUAUGUUCAGAGCCUUAGGGAACUGUAUACGCCUUCUGCAGAGAAUGAACUCCCUGAUCCAUGUAUGCCAAAGGGGCUACGGACAACACUGGACGGCGAUCAAGUUGGAGGGCACAGGACAGAUGUCCUUACUUUACUCGGCACGGGGGCGUUCGAUGAAUGUUUGAAACUAACCCACCCUCUGCUCGGGAAGGAUAAGCCAUGCCGGGACCAACCCUGCUUACUCAACGGCCAGCAUGUGCCGGCAAUAGAUUUUGACGUCAACCACUUCAUUGGAGUGUCGGAAUACUGGCAUACAACACACGGUGUGUUUGGAGGCGAGGGCGACAAGGCGUAUGACUUCAAGACGUAUCAGCAAAGAGUAAAGGAUUUUUGCAGCCGGGAUUGGGACUCUAUCGUACCCAAGCUCGACACACGGAAGAAAGUGGACGCCAAGAUUGCACAGGAGGCUUGCUUCAAGGCUUCGUGGCUGAUUAACGUGCUGCAUGAUGGCAUCGGGAUCCCGCGCAUUGGCAUCGAGAAGCUGCCGGCAGCCAACGUUUCCAAAGGCGCUCUCGAACACGCCAAGCAGCAGGGCUUCCUGGACCCCUUCCAGCCCGUCGACAAGAUUGGCGACAUCGAGGUCAGCUGGACGCUAGGCAAGAUGGUGCUGUACGCGGCCGGCCAGAUACCGCCCAAGAGCGGCGACGACAGGUACCCCGUAGGGUUCGGCAGCAACGCCGCAGAGACGAUACCUUCAGACUUCCAAUUCGCCGGGUCCAGCUGGCAUCCGCACGGCCACGUCAACGAGACGCACGACGGCGACGACGACUGGGACCUCGAGGCCGAAGACCUCCUUGACAAAGCCAAGUCGAGGUCGGCCUCGGGCCUCCUUAUCUUCUUCCUGCUCUUCGUCGUGCUGCUCUACUUCUUCCGCACGAGGGAGCGGCGCAUGCGGCUGUACGGCAAGGUGAACGCACUGUUCUUCCACCGGCCGCGGCGGCCAGGCAGCCCCAGGAAGGGCGGCGGCGGGCGCGGCUUGUCCAUCAUCACCAACAAGCUUUUUCGGCGGCCGUCGGCCAUGUACGAGCGCGUUAUGGAGGAGGGUGAUGCAGAUCACUUUGAGCUGGGCGAUGUCGACUCGUCGUCGUCAUCCGACGGCGGCGACAACGACCACUCGGACUCGAGCGAGGGCUCCGGCUUCGGCCGCACCUCGGGUCUCGCCACCCCCAAGGUCAACCUCACCGAGUUCGAGCCCACGCCCUCGGGCUCGGCCCUCGACCGCAGCGGCCUCGUCGUCAGGACCGACAGCAGAGACCGCCUCCUGCCUAGCAGCCUGCAGAUGCUCCACGCCGGCAAGCGGAGCCGCGCGGGCAGCCCCACGCGCCAGAAGAGCCCGCUCAUUUCGCCGCUGCAGCAGGACUGA